CAUUUGCUAAUGAAGAAGAGGCUUUUCAUGUGAAAAGAUUAAAAAAGUUUUAAAAAAUGGUUGAAUAUGAUUACGAUGAAAAGCCUUUUUCUUCAUUUUCAUCACCAAAUAAAAUUCCAUUACUUGUAUUAAUUGCUAGGGUUGUAACCUUAGCUUCUUUGUUGAUUUCAUCACUUGUGAUGUAUAAUAAUAAAGUUCCUUAUAUGAAUGGUCAGAUUGACUACACCAUUUUUGAUACAUUCAGAUUCGUACUUGCUAUAAUGAUAAUGGGGAUUUGCUACACUAUAUUGCUACUUCCUUUUGCAGCAUAUUACACGAUAGCAAAGAAACAACUCAUAGAUCACCACAUAUUUCACUUGGUUCAACUUAUUGCUGACCAGAUCAUGUUUGGGCUAAUGGCAAGUGCAGCUGGAGCAUCACUAGCUGCAACAGUGGAAUUAUCAAAGGCUAAAUUCGUAGAUGACAACAUGAGUGAAAAGAUGCAUAGCUAUUUUGGUCUAAUGUAUGUCCCUAAUGCAUUUUUUGUAGUUGGACUUGUUGCCUCUCUAAUUUCUACAAUUUUAUCCUCCAAUAAGAGUGAAUGAAUCAUCAAAGGAAUUUUUGAUAUGCCUAGUGUCAUCUAUCAAAUAGAAUGGGGCUUUAUUUAUUUAUAUGUUCUACUUAGAUUAAUUAGCUAGUGUAGUCAUUUUUUGUGGAGACUUUUCUGCGCUUUUGUUGACACACAUAUAUAUAUAUAUAUAUAUCAAACAUUGUCACAA